AUGUAUGAACAUUUGAUGUUUGAAGAGGAGCAGGUUCAUUGGAGUCAUUUUAUCCAGCAUAAUGGUGCGAGGCCUAGAUCUAUUGUUUGUCUUUGGCUGGUCUUCCAUAAUCGUUUGGCCACAAAAGCCAGAUUGAAAGGACUUGGUUUUCUGCAAGAGGAAUGCUGCAGCCUCUGUGAGGAACAUAAAGAAGAUAUUGACCACUUGCUUACCAGCUGCAAAAUUACCAAGAACAUUUGGCAGGAUGUGUUAUCUUGGCUUGAUAUUAAGCGUAAGCCUCAACAAUGGCAAGAUGAAAUGAAGUGGAUUCUGCAUAACACGAAAGGCAAGAGCUUCAGGGCUAGCAAGCUGAAGAUUGUAGUGGCGGAAACUGUCUAUGGAAUAUGGAAGUUUCGAAAUGAGUAUACCUUUGGCUUAAAUACUAAUAAAGAUACUACUACUAUUGUUCAUAAGAUCAUAGAUUCUAUAGUCUUUAGAGGUUGGCUCAAAGAUAAAUUUAGGAAAAAAUUAGCUUUACUCAUGAUGUAA